UGUUGCAUCAAUAAUACCAAAACAUAUUCCUGGUACACAUUAGUGUACUUAGUCAAUGAAGGAAAUCCUGAUUGUGAUUCAAACGCCAAUAGACGGUAGAACAGUUAUGUUAAUCACUUUCCAGUCAGUCAUAUGUUUUGUGAUAUUUAAAGAGUUGGUGUCUGGUCUGCCAUGUUGUUUUAGUAUUUAUUCUUAUUUUUACUAUGAUUCAUACGCCAUAAUAUUUCAAAAAGAUUUUUCUGAUAUGAUUUUUUUAUUACUGUUUAGAUUCGAUGAAGAUGAGCAACACCACUGUUACGGUCUCAGAAUUUAUACUGCAAUGUGCCAUUGAAUCAAACAAGAAGACCAUUACGAUUUGUGCCCUUGCAUUCAUCUACUUCAUAUCCAUAUUGGGAAAUCUACUGGUGAUUUUCGUAAUAAUUAUGAACCCUAAACUCCAUGUUCCAAUGUACCUCUACAUCGGCACCUUGGCAGUGAUAGACCUAGCAAACAGCUCAGUUCUCAUACCGAAGAUGCUGUCUGUCCUCCUGCUCGGCUCUUCAGUGGUUCCUUAUGCAGCCUGCGUGUUGCAGAUGUUUCUUUUGCUUCAUGUUGAGGAAAUGGAAUCUUUUCUUUUAGCAUUUAUGGCCUUUGAUCGCUAUGUAGCUGUCGUUUAUCCUUUGCGAUACCCUUCAGCAAUUACCAAUAAAAAAGUUGUCAUUGGUGUCAUUAUAUCAAAUAUAUUUUGCAUAAUUUUCAAAUCACACAUCCUCAUUGUUGUUAGUGAGCUUUCGUUUUGCCGUACCAAUGUUCUUCCUUUCUGUUUCUGUGAUUAUGGUACAGUGGUCCAUGUUUCAUGUACUGAUGAGCUCAGAUACUUAACAUCGUUGUCUACUGCUGUUGUUGCCAAUGGGGUCUUGCCACUGUUUUUAAUUCUCCUAUCCUACAGUCGGAUUGCUAUGGAAGCCCUAAGGAUUUCUUCAACAGGUAGGAAAAGUAAGGUUUUCAGCACUUGUGUAACCCACCUGCUCGUGGUUGGACUCUUUUAUUUUCCACUUGCCUUGUUUUAUGUAUUACCAGCAGUAGGCGUGACAAUACCCACCGAAAUGUACAAUAUUAUGUUUAUUCUUGGGAAUGCAGUGCCAUCUAUGAUGAACCCCAUUAUCUACAGUUUUAGGAAUAAAGAAAUAAAUACAAGCAUUUACAAGCUCUUUAUUUGGAGGAGGUCAGCUCCUAUAAGGAUGAAAUAAAAUCUGUACUGCAUGUUGCAUAGAGAUUUACCAUUCUUAUUGAUAAACAAAUAGUACUAUAGAUAAUUAUAAAUUAAUGCUUAGAUGCCAAAUACUGAAAAUUGUCCAAUGGUACUUUGUCAAUGUUAAGUCUAGGUAAUGUGUCCAUCCAAUUAAAAAAACAAAUACAAUAAGGGAAACUAUACUCAGAGUCCACAAAGGAGUGUUGAAUGUGAUACUCAUCUUGAGCUGCACUGUCUCUGUUGGACAGUAGUGACCAAAACUGCACACAAGUCCAUCCCUUGGGUGGUGGACACACCCUUCUCUCAUACAUUAAGGGAAGAAUCGUCAACAUGGAAACCUAAUUCAGGUUGUCAAAUUAGUCCAAAGGCAUUGAUGAAGAUGAACCAAGUAAAUUUAAUUUGUUAGAAAGUGAUUCACCCACUCAAGAAGUGCAGGUGGAAAUUAACUGGACAUACAUUCAAGAUAGAAAACCUGUGGGAAGAGAAUAAAACCACUGUAUCAUGUACAGUAGGUGAAGGGGACACCUGAAUAUUUUUUCAAAAAGUAUCUUCAGGAAAUAUUGGGACCAUUCAGCUAUUAGCUGACCAAACAGCAUAUGUUGUUUUAUGUAAUCCUUCAAACAUUUAAUUGUGUGUGUUUACCCUUCAGAUAAUGUAAUGAAAUCUAUUAAUGUGCUUUUCGUUUACUCUUUGCGAUUCUAUUACUCUUUUUAACAGUUAUAACCCUUAACCCUAUAAUCCUUUUAGCGUCCAGUGGUGUU